AUGCCCCCAAAGCGCAAGCCCGUCACGGCGCCCAGCGCAACUGAAGGAACUGCGACCCCCGCAAAAAGAAUGCGCAAUUCCGUAAUUGCCACUCCAGCUUCUGCCCCAGCGGCUCAGGUUGAGGUUACCCCCCAAACUGGUGAGAAGAGAGGUCGUGGCCGUCCACGUAAAUACCCCGAGGGCGAGACUCCGAAGCCUCCUGCUUCGGAUGGACCCAAGCGUGGCCGUGGUCGUCCUCGCAAGGUUGCUGCCGAGUCUGAGCCUGAGACUGAAGCUGUCACUCCUUCUAUUCCCAAGAGAGGCCGUGGACGUCCUCGUAAGGAUACUGUUUCUGAGACUGUCCCAACUCAUGAGACUAAGAAGAAGGAUGGCCGUGGAAGGCCUCGCAAGGAGCCUGCGGCCGAAACACCUGCAACAACAACCCCGGAGGUCAAGAAAAAUGGCCGCGGAAGGCCUCGCAAGGACCCUGCUGCCGAGACACCUGCGACCCCCGAGGUCAAGAAGAAGGAUGGUCGUGGACGCCCACGGAAGAACCCUGCGCCAAUUGGAGAGCCCGAGACUCCCAAGGAUCCAGAGGCUCCCGAGGCAAAGGCAGCACCGGCGAUCAACAGCAAUGUCUCCGAUACUAACCGCUCUUUCUGGCUUAUGAAGGCAGAGCCUGAGUCGCGCAUGGAGAAAGGCGUUGAUGUGAAGUUUUCCAUCGAUGAUUUGGCUGCCGCAACUGUGCCGGAGGCCUGGGAUGGAGUUCGCAACCAUGUUGCACGCAAAUCUAUGCAGGAGAUGAAGAAGGGUGACUAUGCAUUCUUUUACCAUUCAAACUGCAAGACCCCAGGAGUGGUUGGAGUAAUGGAGAUCGUCCAGGAAUCUUCCGUUGACGAAUCCGCAUUCGAUACUGCACACCCCUACUACGACCCCAAAUCCAAACGAGAGAGCCCGAAAUGGGUUGUGGUGCACGUUGAAUAUCGCCGCAAGCUCGGCAAGCAAGUCACCCUCGCCGAUUUGAAGGCACACGCCCAGCCCAGCAAGCCAUUGGAGAACAUGCAAGUGCUCAAGCAGUCCCGUCUCAGCGUUUCCUCUGUUACUCCGGCUCAAUGGCAGUAUAUCCUGGAACUGGCGGGCGAGGAACCCCAGGAGGAGUUCACCAAGGUGGAAUCUAGCUAG